GCCCCGCGGAUACCGGAGCGGAGCCUCCCUCUGAUGCGACGGCACACUUUCAUACUGGCUCUCACCAGCAUCGGGGUGGGGGGGGGAUGGCGAUUUAACGACGGCGUUCGUCAGCCCAAGCCUGCUGUUUACACUAACUACGAAUCUGCUUUUCCUGCUUCUUUUACUACGAUCUUGCUUUUUUGAAAUAUGCUUUAAAACCGACGUUACAUGUUUCGUGAAUUGCGAGUGCUGCGACUGUGCAACUACUGUGGAAAAAGAGAAAAUUGCGAUGCUGGAGGAAUUGCUUGAGCGAGAAAAUACAGCUGCGUAAUUGACGGCACCCAUUCCUGCUGAACAGCGCAUUGUUCCGGGACCGAGUCUGCUUUCAGGGCCCCGUGGCAGCCUAUACUCCAGCGGGAGUCUGCAGCGAUGAGGACAUUGGCCGGGAGCACCUGAGGGAGGCGCUGACGAGGAAGGCAUGGAGACCGGCCAGCCCGGGCUGCCCCUGGAUGUGGCGAGUCCCCCAGCGACGGUGAGCACCACCGAUGGCAGCGGCAAGCUAGAAAACGGCAUCGCCCAGCUGAUCACGGCCGAGGCCUGGAACAUCAACCCUGGAGGCUUGGUGCGGAAGCCCCUCUCCCCUGUGGUGGCAGUCCCGGCACCCUCGUUGGUGACCCCUGCUUCUGAAACCCCAGGGAGCGUGGCGCUGAAGGUGGCCACCGCCGUCCUUCAACCCAUCUGCCUGGGCGAGAGCCCCGUGGUGCUGCCCAUACACCUGCAGAUGGCUGGCAGCACAGUGCCCCCGAUGGGCCCGCACGGAAACGCAUCUUACCUCAUGGCCGGCCAGGCCCCUGUCCCCCUGCCGUUGGUCUUGGAGCAGCAGGUGUUCCAGCACCUCAACUCCCCUGUGCUUCAGCAGGGGACACCCUGCCCAACAGCACCCCUGCAGGCCAGUGCCCCCUUACCCUUUGCCCAGGCUGUGCCUCCAGACCAGAAACCCCCUGGGCAGGCCCAGGACCCAGGUCUCCUUCCCCUUCUCCAGAGCCCAGGCUUUGCUGCCAUCCUCCAGGACCUGUUCCCCUCUGUGAACAAUCUGAACCCCCCUACAUGCCACCCCACAGCCCCUGCCCCAUCCGAGCACUUCCCAUCUGCUCUCUUUCCCCCUCCACCCCUGUCACACCUCUACAGCUCCCCGCUGUCCCCCCUGGUCCCACCAGCCACCCUGCUGGUGCCCUAUCCUGUCAUUGUCCCCUUGCCUGUGCCUGUUCCCGUUCCCAUUCCAGUCCCCAUUCCCAUCCCACAGAACACAGAGUCCAAGGGUUUCAUGGACCCACCCAAACCAGCCUGCACUUCCACAAAAAGCACGCAGACUCACGCCAAGGGGCCUCCCAGCCCCUCUCAGGGCCGUGGCCUGGGGGCCACGGCACACCUCCCCCAGCUGCUGCCCCAGUGCUCCUUCGCCCUUCCCGAGGGUGAGGCCUUGGACCUCUCUGUAAAGGCUGUACCAAUCCAAACAAAGCGGGAAGUCCCCUUUCAACCGGAUGGCAUCCUUGACCUUUCUGUACCCGGCACAAGGAAGUCCUGCAUCCAAUCCUUCUUUCACAGGGAGCCGCCGGUGAUGUACCCCGAGCGCAGCGCCUACCGUGCAGGUGAGGAUGCCACCGCCAGCCUUUCCCUGGAGGUGCUCCGGCCUAUGGACGGGGUGCAGAGGCUGGACCCGAAGCUUCUGAGCAGCCUGGCGUCUCUGGAGUUCAGCCGGCAGCGCAAGUGGCUGGUGGACGGUGGUGGCGGGAGGCCAGGUGGCGAGCCCAAGUGUGGCAUAGUGGCUGGCGCCGCGGGGGCCGGUGACUUUGAGAUUGUCAGCACGUCGCAGACAGCCAAGGUCAUCGUUUCGGUGAAGGACGCCAUGCCCGCCAUUUUCUGUGGCAAGAUCAAGGGUCUGUCUGGGGUCUCCACCAAGAACUUCUCCAUCCGGCGUGAUGGUAACCAGGAGGCCCUGCUGCAGCAGUGCUACGGGGCCCGUGUGCCGGGGGAGCCCUGCAGCGCUGCAGACGCCCUCAAAAAGACGGCCAAAAGCAGGGCCAUCAAACUGAAAAAGGUCAACUCGCAGGAGAUACACAUCCUGCCGAUCAAGAAGCAGCGGCUAGCGGCCUUCUUCCCCAGAAAGUGAGGAGGGGGGGUGGGACAAUGGGGAAGGGGUGGGACAAUGAAGAGGGGGCUGGGGCCCAGGUUUAACAGCACCACCAAUGGGGGCGAUCAUCACAACAUGAACCAUACUUUGGAGAUGUUUCCCAAGAGGGUAAUCGAUACGGCUUUGGGGCCGGUCCGGCGAUAGGCUGGUCGGCUGCUUAAACAAAGGGAGGCUUUGAUACUUGGAGAUUUAUUGCAGAUUAAUGUGGUCCUGCCCCGCUAGCCACUCCGGAUCUGGCGCGCAUGCCGGUUUCGCUGAUUGUGGGGGGCUCUCUCCUCACCCAGCCCAUUAAUAUGCAUCUGUUCAGUCAGACGCGGCGACGGCAGCAGACCCCGUUUCCUCAUGAAGUCGCAUGAAUAUUCAUGAGGUCAAAAAAUCGUGGAAACUUGCCUAGUUGCUAAGUGACACUGGCAGCCUAUAUUUCUGGUCCAAGAAAGAGUAAAAAAAAACUAAACAUUUGAUUUCUUCCCCUUCGUUCGGCGGUGCGUGGCUGCGUUUAUGAGACCUGGCGCAGGGGAUUCCGUGACACUUUCUGUACUCAACAGCUGACUUAGGAUCAGCCAGCUCCGGCCUUCAACAUUUAUAUGCUGCGCUCUGCCGCCAAGGUCAUGCACCCCUUUCCUGAAGGGCACAGUGGUGGCCGUGUUCUGUGAAGAAGGAGGCCAGUGUUGCUUCGCAGUCUGGGUCACAUGACAGGAAGUGAGUGAUGUUUAGCAGUUAUUUAUUGGACAUGCACAUCAUGUCUGACAGGGCUGUGAGCAGGAAGCAGGCCAGUAAUUGCUUGGCAGGACCUGAACGGUACUUCCUUAAAUAUAAUGAAUAUUGUAAGAGGUUAUCAUUAUUUCUGCAGAACCGAUUAACAAAUAAUGCUUGUAAAGGGAGAGAGGAACACAACCACUCCAACCUAAAACAAAUCAUCAUUGUCCAUUUCAAAUGCUGAGAAAUGGAAAACGGAUUUGUUGCAUUCCUGUGUUACAUUUUUUGGGGGGGGAGGGUCAUGCCCAUCAAUAAUUAUCUUCUCCUCUGGAGGGAGAGUUAACCCAGUGGGGUUACCAGAUUUAAUGAUGACCAUUUUGCAGAAAUGUUAUCCUGGCAGCAGAAUGGAGUAGGGGGUAGUGUCUGGGGGGGGCUGGUUUGCAGUUUUUAUCUCCUUAGCAUCCAGGUAGGGCAGCAGUGUGUGAACCUCGCAGUGCCAAGUCCUCUCGUCAGUGUUUGUAGGCAGCACGUUGUGCAAAGCGGAUCCCAGUUUAUCCCCAGUAUAACGGCAGUACGUGGCGACUCUGAGCUGGAUCACUGUCACUGGGAUCACAGGCUGCCGCUUUGCGUACCUGCCUUGUAAAAUACGGUUUAAUAGUGUCGUUUUGGUGUUAGACUGUAACAUUUUGGAGGGGGAGGGUGGCCGGGGUUAACCUGAAAUGCAUUAACCUGAAAUGAUAAGCAGUCAGGGUGAAGGAGGCAGGCCGACAGCAGACACUCUACCGAUUUAUCGCGAUCAAUGGGUCCCUCUGUUGUAAACAAAACAGGUAUUUUAUUGUAUAGCUCAGUUGAAUAAGGCUCAGCUUUUUAGGUUAAGGUAAAAACCAACUUCCUUUUGAGUGCAAUACCAGCCAGUAUGUUUGUGUCUUUCCUACAUUUUACCAGUCACAAGGAUUCUGGGAAAUAGAGAAUCACCGGAUGACUAUGAACGUGUUUUAAUACUGAGGGUGAGGUGUGUGCAUCAGUCUCCGGUGUUUAUAGAAGGCUUUGUGUUGCCUUGCGGAGUCACAGCGCUCCGUUGGCUGAACCAGGGCCAUGUGUCUUCGUGUGGCACUUCCUUACGGGAACUGGAGGCUUGUGUUAGCUUUGGUGGGAGGGGAGGGGUCGUCUCCACACAGCCAGAAGUUAUCUGGCCGAUUUCACCUUCUCACGAUUUGGCAAAGCAUUCCUAAGGACAAUCAUAAUGAUCCAUAAAGAUUGACGUUAUGUUAGGAUUGUGAUGGUGUUCAAAUUACGGUCAACAACUGCAUCGGUGGGCAUUGUCGUUAUUAAAGGCGAAAACGGGGAACUUCUCAGUCUGAAAAAAUGUGGUCAGACAUUUCAGCUUUAUGUCAUUUUUAAAGGACUAUCAUGAAUUUGAAGUUGUGAUAAAACAUUUCGCAGCUUCAAAUGAUGGUAAAACCUUAAAUAGUUUUUUUUUCUCCUGAAUAACUGCACAUUAAUGUAAACAAUUGACUGUUAAACUGCAAUGAAUCCAGGUCACAGAUAAUUUAAUGAAGGGUGCGCGUCGUGGACUCUUAAUUAGUGAUGUUAACCUUCAAGGUAUAAAUACAUUUGCUAAUUGUCAUGUAAAAGGCUAAUAUAUUGCAUAGGUAUUGAAGUAAUGGGUGAAGAUUUUAUACAGUUGACCAUGUAAUGGUUCACAUUUUUGUAGUCAACGCAGUUGAACGUAUUACACAAGUGACAAUAAAAUGAUGUGUGUGACA